AUGCCAGAAGGAUUCAAAGAUGAUGGUGCUGAGCCACCAUCCAAAUGGCAUGUGUUUGUGACUGGUCAUAGCUUGGGUGGUGCAUUAGCUACCCUCCUUGCUCUUGAACUUUCAUCAAGUCAAUUAGCCAAGAACUCAACAACAUCUGCUUUAAAGAAUAAAGAUCAGCUGAUAGCAAAUAACAUGUACUUGUCUCAAUUACUAUACCCAGCUGCUAGAGGGAGUCUAGGUUUACUGUGUUGUCAUGCCACCAUCACUGUUUAUUGGUGGUUGAUCGCUGGAGAUCUCCCCAAGUUCAUCGGAGGCUCUCUGGUUCAGUCGGAAGCUCGUCGGACCUCAUGUUUUGGCUUCUCCAAGCUCUUCAAUCAUUGUCGUCCCAAGCUCUCUGGCUCUUACAUUGUUUGUCUCUGGUUCUCGCUUGACCAUUGCAUCUUGUCUUCCUAUCGUCACAUCAGAGGCUUAAGACUUCCUGAUCUUGAAGAGGUUUAUUCUCUUACUUUUCGCUUCACCACCUCUCGCUCAUCAUAUCAUCUCCCUACAAUUGAGAGAUCUGCACUAGUUUCUACUGGUAAAAGACAAGGUAGCCAUAAUGAUGACCGUAAUAGUAGAGGAGUUACUAUUAGUAACUGUGGUAGUAGAGGACAAGGUAGUCGAAACAAUGGACGUAUGGGCCAUGGUAUGCAUAAUCGUAAGGAUAAAGGAUGCAAUUUCUGUGGAUGGCCUAAUCAUACUAGAGACAAGUGUUAG